AUGGAGCUUUUACUUCGAUCAUCUCGAGCCUUGCGUUCGCGCUUCCGUUCACUUCCUUCUUCCCAAACCCUAAAUUCUCAAUUCUCACACCGCCUACACUCUUCCCCCUCUCCAAAAGUAGAAUCUGCAUAUGCACGAUCCAGCUUCUCUGGUGUUUCGAAUUCGAGAGUUUUGUGUGGAGAGUCGGGACGGAUGCUUCCUGCUGUUUUGGCUGGUUUGUUUGGGAUUGGAAUGGUGGAAACUGCGUAUGCGGAUAAAGCUAAUGAAGAUGUGCACGAAAUUGCUAAGAAAGAACGCCAGAGAAUUCAGGACUUGCUUACUACUAGGGGAAUUCGACAAGGUUCUUGUCCUCGCUUCAAUGUAGCGGUUAAAGGCCAGAAGGUCAGUAUAAAGUUUCAAGUUCCUCCUGGUUGUGAAAUUUCACAACUUAUUGCAAACCUUACUGCACAUCUUGGACUGAAAUCUGAAGGCCACGGCGGUGGUUCAGAUAUGAUUUUGCGUGCAUGGGACAGCACAGUUGCUUGGCAACUUACCCUUACUCAUCCAUCAAAGCAAAAGCAUAUUCAACAGAAUGAGCUGUCUUCAACAGAUACAAAUACACAUGAUAGAGAUCUAUGUAUACUUAUAUUUCAUUCUCUCAUUGGCUCAGAUAAAAUUGAAAUUGAAUUUAUGAAGCAAGGGAACUUGAGUCCCGAAGAGCUUGAUGCUUUCAUAUCUGUUUUACAAUUAGCUGGUAACAAGUUGGUAGAAAGAAAUCCCGUGGAAAGAAAGCCAUGGGAAGAGACCGAACAGGCACCAUCUGUAGAUAAAGCUAUUUCUAGUCUUGAGGCCAUGGGAGUAAGAACAUAUGGACUCAAUGAACCCAUAGGUACAUCAAACAACGAAGUUUCAUGGGACAAUAUCGCCGGGUACGAGCAUCAAAAACGGGUAAUAGAAGAUACAAUACUAUUGGCUUUGCACAGUCCUGAAGUAUAUGAUGAUAUUGCUCGUGGGACUCGGCAUAAGUUUGAGUCUAACAGGCCUCGAGCUGUGCUGUUUGAAGGUCCACCAGGUACAGGGAAAACCUCUUGUGCCCGUGUUAUUGCUAAUCAAGCGGGCGUCCCUUUGCUUUAUGUUCCACUUGAGGUAGUAAUGUCUGAAUUCUAUGGUAAAAGUGAACGCCUCCUAGGGAAAGUGUUCUCACUAGCAAACAGUCUUCCCAAUGGCGCUAUUAUAUUUUUGGAUGAGAUUGAUUCUUUUGCUGCUGCUCGUGAUGGCGAAAUGCAUGAAGCUACGCGUAGAUUAUUGUCAGUAUUAUUACGGCAGAUAGAUGGCUUUGAGCAGGAUAAGAAAGUGGUUGUCAUUGCUGCCACAAAUAGAAAGGAAGACCUUGAUCCUGCAUUAAUUAGUCGGUUUGAUACUAUGAUCGCUUUUGGUUUACCUGAUCAUCAUAAUCGUCAGGAAAUAGCAUCCAAAUAUGCAAAGCACCUGUCGAAAACCGAACUCGAUGAACUUGCACGAGCUACAGAGGACAUGGCUGGAAGAGAUAUUAGAGAUAUUUGUCUGCAAGCGGAACGAUCCUGGGCAUCAAAGAUUAUUCGGGGACAAGUAUCUAAAGAUGAAGAACAAGCAAACCUUCCACCUUUGCAAGAAUACACAGCUUGUGCAACACAUAGACGGGAUUCGCUGCUUAGUGCUGCUGCAGAUAGGAAGCCUCGACGAUCAUCCCGCAACAAGAUAAUAAAUGAAUAA